AUGGCCAAAUGUGUGAGAUCGUUUUUAAAAGUGCCUGUUGCCGUUCUUCCAGUGGUGAAUGUGAUUAUUUUUAUUGUUGCAAUUGUGAUGUUAAUCAUAUCUCUGAAUCCUGGAGUAAAAUGGAAUGAAUAUCUUGAUGAAAUAGCGCCUGGAUUUUAUGUAUAUUAUUUUCAUACAUUGUGGACGAGUUUAGAUGCUAAUGCCUAUGAAGGAAAACUUGGAAGCGGAAGCUAUUCCAAAAUAUUAAAUCCCCAUCAUGAUGAAUCGUGGAAGAGUCCUAUACAGAAUGGAAUAUAUCAGACAAUUGUUGUGAUCUCUGUGGCCUUACUUCUUCUUAUAUUAGGCAUAGCAUUGCACAGUGUUACAAAACAGAAAGUGUUUACCAUUGCUGUUGACAUAGGUGCUGUUGGGGCAGGUAUUGCAGGAGGAUACUUUUGUUUAAAAGCAAUCAAAGAUUAUGAAAAUGGAAUAUAUGGAGCUGUUGCAAAAAGAUCUAGGCCGUACUACUUUCCUGAAAAAGAAAACAUGGAAAUCGGAUAUACUCUUGCAAUGUACAGUGCCAUCAUGACGAUCGUUGCUUCAGUUUUAAUCAUAGUAUAUAUUGGUCUGUACAUUCCGUUUGGAGAGGGAAAAUGGAUCUGGCAAAAGAAAACAAUUGUUCUACCAGAUAUCGAGAAAAGCGCUCCUCCAGAAACAAAAACUAAAAGUAUACCAAAGAAAAUAGGUCAACAAAGAAAGGCCAGGCAAACUGAAGGAAAAAUGAUCAAAGUGAAAGAAUAUAGAAGCAAAUAA